GCACCGAAGGCAAUUAUUAACAUGCUCGCCACAGGCACACGCAUUGUCGGCCGGGCAUUUGUUGACGCCUACAAACAGGCAAACAUAAACUCUGCGGCCGCGCGCGCCGCCGCUGGCAACAUGAAGGCAGUCGCUGACGGCGACAAGAUGACAAAGGCGUCAGGAAUCACAGUCGAUGAGUCACUGAAGAUCCUGAACCUGGACGACGCCAACGACAAGGAGUCGAUGCUAAAGAAGUACGAGCAUUUGUUUGCUGCUAACGAUCCGAAGAAGGGCGGCUCGCUUUACUUGCAAGCAAAGGUCAUUCGCGCUAGGGAGCGGAUAGAGAUGGAAUGGGCCCAGGAGAAAUUGAAGGCUGAGCAGGAGAUGGCUGAAAAGCAG